UGUCGUUUUUGACCCAUCUUCUCCACUCGCUGCCCUCUGCUUUCUACUUUCUACUACUUCACCUUCUCUCUCUCUCUCUCCUAACGACAACGUCCUCUAUAAAGCCUCCCCAGUAACGCCCACCGUUCUUCGUCCAUUUUCUGCGAUAUACAUCACACUGAUCAAUUUGCUUUCUGGGUUUUUUUUCCUAUACUAAGCCCAAAGCUCUUCAACUCUUCACUUGAAGUUUUGUGAUCACCAACAAUGGCUGGCCCCAUACGAGCAAACUCUAACUCUGAGACUGAGUCCAGUUUUAACUCUUCAUCGUCUUCUUCCUCCUGUUCUCCUUCUUCUCCUUCGUCCUCUGGAUUAUUGUCUCCGAACCCGGUGAACAAACCCUGUUCGGAAGAGAAUCCUAGAAGGCCCAAGAGGGCUAGGGACAAUAGCAAGCAUCCGGUGUAUAGAGGUGUCCGAAUGCGGACGUGGGGUAAAUGGGUAUCGGAGAUCCGGGAGCCUCGGAAGAAGAACCGGAUCUGGCUUGGCACUUUCUCUACACCGGAAAUGGCAGCUCGUGCUCACGACGUUGCUGCUUUGAGCAUUAAAGGCGACUCGGUGAUCCUCAACUUCCCGGAACUCUCCAGCUCUCUGCCUCGACCUGCCUCUAACUCUCCUAGGGACGUUCAAGCUGCCGCAGCUAAAGCUGCUUCAAUGGAGUUCAGCAUUAACAGCAACAGCGUAGUCGACGAUCAUCCCCACCGUCGUCACGAUCAUGACAACAACUAUAUCAGCAACAACAAUGCAUCAUCAUCCUCAACGAUAACGCAAUCUUCUUCCUCAUCAACAGCGGAGGUGACGUCAUCACCCUGUUACGUGACAACACCUGACGAGCUGAGCGAGAUAGUAGAGUUACCGAAUUUGGGAUCGAGUUUGGAAGAAUCGCUUGAGUUGAGGGACGAGUUCGUGUUCGGUGACACGUGGCUAUAUAAUCCACCGGCGUACGAGGAUUAUUACGGGGGCAGCGGGUACUUCAGCGAUCAUCAGUUACCAAUAAUACCAGAAAGCAUGAUCACCGGUGGCUUUGAGGUUUUUUUGGGGGAUAAUUAGUGUGUUUAAUUACCCUUUUCUUUUUUCUUUUUAGCUUUUUGGAGUGACUUAAUUAUUUUUAUAUAUAAAAAAAUAUAUUUUGGGGAUUUUGAUAUUGUGAGGAGCCCUUUUUCCAAUUUUAUAUGAAGAGCUCAAAAUACCUUUCUUACUUGUCAA